CUGUGUUCUCCAGGUCUCCAGGGGAAGCCUGUCUGCUGGCUGGUUCUGACCCAGGACCGGCAGACUAAAGUCUUGCUGUCCACCGGACCGGAUCUCUACAUCUUGGACAACACGUCUUGCACUGCGGUGAGUCCUCCAGGUCUGGGUCCUCAGUCUGGCAGCAUCUUCCACAUGUCCGUCUCCUUCAGCUACAAAUACCUGGCUCUGUUCACAGAGACCGGACACCUGUGGACAGGCCCCUCCCACCUUCAGGACAAACUGAAUGAAGUGGACACCAAGAACACAAAGCCCCCCCAACAGAUGGUCUGGUGUCGCAGGCCAAAGAGUCAGCAGCCGUCUGUGGUUCUGCUGUGGGACAAACUGCUGAUGGUGGUUGGAGUCCGUCAGGACAACAUCCAGUUCCCGAUAGAGGAACCCUGUGUUCUGGUGGGAGAAUUGGACGGGGUGCGGAUCCUCAGCUCCUCUCAGCAGGAACUCCUUCAGGAGGUUCCUCUCGUCUGUCAGGAGAUCUUCAAGAUCGCCUCCAUGGCUCCUGGAGCUCUUUUGCUGGAGGCCCACCGGGAGUACCAGGUACCU